GGCGGGGCCUCGGCCGACUUCCGGCCGCGACGAGCGGGCGGCGGUGUGGGCUUUGUCGGCGGGCCGUCGUGUCGCCGCCGGUGUCGGGAUUCUGACCUAGGAAACUUGUGACAAGAAGGUGACUCUGGAGCCUGAAUUUCUGAGGAUGGAAAUCUGCCUGAGAACAUGUCAGAAACACUCACAGUGAUGGAGCCCCCUGCCUCUGAGUCUGGGGCAUUCCCUGCACCCAGAUUAGAGGGACUUUUGGGAAACCCAGAGGGGAGCUGCCCCCCUCAGGAGGGUGGUUUCAGGGGGGUGACAAUUACCCAUUGGAAGAUCCAAGCAGGAGAGGCAGCUCGGGUGGGCAGUAAAUCAGGAGAAAGCCCAGUUCUAAGCUCCAACCUCCUCCUUCUCCAGAGAGAGCUUGUGGAAGGGGAAGCCCAUCAGUGUGAGAUUUGUGGCAAAAGCUUCACAUUUAACUCGGACCUAGUUAGACAUCAGAUUUCUCAUGCUGGAGAGAAACCUUACAGAUGUGAGCAGUGUGGGAAAAGCUUCAGCCAGAGCUCUCACCUUGUUGAGCAUCAGCGAGCGCACACUGGGGAAAGACUCUAUGUGUGCAAUAUGUGUGGAAAGGACUUCAUUCAUUACGCAGACCUCGCUGAGCACCAGAGAGCGCAUACAGGAGGGAAACCAUUCCGGUGCAUGCAGUGUGGGAGAGCCUUCCAUCACAGCUCAGACCUGGUUCGGCACCAGCGAGUUCACACCCGGGAGAGGCCUUUUGAAUGCAAGGAGUGUGGGAAAGGCUUCAGCCAGAGCUCAUUGCUUAUUCGCCAUCAGAGAAUUCACACAGGAGAAAGACCUUAUGAGUGUAAUGAGUGUGGAAAGUCCUUCAUUAGGAGCUCUAGCCUUAUUCGACACUAUCAGAUCCACACAGAAGUGAAACAGUAUGAAUGUAAGGAGUGUGGGAAGGCCUUCCGUCAUCGCUCAGACCUCAUCGAACAUCAGAGAAUUCACACUGGAGAGAGGCCCUUUGAAUGCAACGAGUGUGGGAAAGCCUUUAUUCGGAGUUCAAAGCUUAUUCAGCAUCAGAGGAUCCAUACCGGGGAAAGGCCUUAUGUGUGCAAUGAGUGUGGGAAGCGCUUCAGCCAGACAUCAAACUUUACCCAGCAUCAGAGAAUUCACACUGGAGAGAAACUCUAUGAAUGUAAUGAAUGUGGGAAAGCUUUCUUUCUGAGUUCGUACCUCAUUCGACACCAGAAAAUCCACACUGGAGAGAGAGUGUAUGAAUGUAAAGAAUGUGGGAAAGCUUUUCUCCAGAAAGCCCAUCUCACCGAACACCAGAAAAUCCACACUGGGGAUAGGCCCUUUGAAUGUAAGGACUGUGGGAAAGCUUUCAUUCAGAGCUCCAAGCUGCUUUUGCAUCAGAUUAUUCAUACUGGCGAAAAGCCCUACGUAUGUAGUUACUGUGGGAAAGGCUUUAUUCAAAGGUCAAACUUCCUUCAACACCAGAAAAUUCAUACUGAAGAGAAACUCUAUGAAUGUAGUCAGUAUGGGAAAGACUUCAACUCAACCCCAAACUUUAAAAAUAAUCAAGGUGUUCACCAAGAGGGACUUCCCUUGAGUAAGACCGCCAUGCAUGUGGGUGAGAAGUCUGCAGGUGAGGGGGAACACACAGAUAACUUAUAAAAUAUUUACUCUCCAACUCAGUGAUGUUUAGAAGGAGUAGCAUGACUCCUAACUGGUAUGACUUUGGAUGUGUCGGCUUUUUCCAAAGUCCUGGAUAGGGCCGCUUUCAGAUUGGGCUGUCACCUACCACUGCGCAGCAGCACUGGGCUGCUGUCCUCCCCACUACGAAUGUGUGACGUCAGGAGAGCCACGUGACUGGACAGCUGAUGGAGCUGGAAUAAUGCUGGGGGAGGGGCUAGGUCUAAAGAAGCUUUCUGCAUGUUACUGCACAGUUACAGUCCAUCCGAGUUAAAAAUACUUUUUAAAGCAGAACUAUGUAUCUAAUCUUAAUACUUAAAAGAAUAUCACAUUGUUAAUUUCGGUCUAUCAAAAAGGCAAGUUGGAGAAAGACCUUCGUUAUUUCAAACCACAGGUUGGUUCCCCAUUGUCCUUAGGAUAAUUUCCAAGCUCCCAGUCCUGCUUUCUAAGGCCUUUUGCUUCCUGGAGUUUUAUCUCCCACUCCUUAACCUCCCGCCACAGCAGCUCUAACUGCUUGACAUUCCCGCUUAACCCAAGCUGUACUUGCCUCCUCUUUGUCCUUGUCUGAACGCUCUCCACUGCACACCUGGUUAGCUCCUUACCAGGAGUCAAGACCCAUGUCAGGCUCAGCCAGCUACCCCUCUGUGCUCGUGUUGCUGGCGUGCACUUCUAUUACUGCACUUGCUUUGGUGUAUCAAAAUGAUGUUCUUAUCUACCAUCUCUCACUAGUACACCACUAAUUCCUUAAGGACUUGGUCAUAGUCGAUGGGUUCAUGUGUCCGUGGCACCUGGUGCAGGGCAGUAAGAAGCGCAGCCGGAUCUGCAUGUCACUGGCUCUUCUCUCCCUUGUGCUGCUGUAGUUUACGUUUUUGGGUUUUGUUGUUUUGUAACAAUAUAAUUUGCUGGUCUGCUGGAAGUAUCUUCUCUCUCGG